AGCCUAUAAUCAUAUUUCCCUACAAGGAUAGUCUGUUCUUUAAUCUCAUGCUCUCUCAGUUUUUUUUUUUUUAUCCUGAAUCCAGUCCAAAUCAUCUAAUUUGUUUUACUAAACCCUGUUUCCCAUCCUUCCAUAUGUUUUCUCCAACAUACCAAUUACUUUUGGUUUAAUUAUCUUCUCCUCUCCCCCCGUGGAAAGAAAAGUACUGUCUUGUAUUUUUGGCAUUGAAUUCUCUGUGGUAAACAAUAAGGACCAGAAAAGUCACGGGAGUUUUUGUUGUGUUUUGUCAUCUAUAUGCUCAAGGGUGAACCAGGAUUUGCAUUACCUGGGCCACCUGGGCCACCAGGACUUCCAGGUUUCAAAGGAACACUUGGUCCAAAAGGUGAUCGUGGUUUCCCAGGACCUCCAGGUCCUCCAGGACGCACUGGCAUAGAUGGGCUCCCUGGACCAAAAGGUGAUGUUGGACCAAAUGGACAACCUGGACCAAUGGGACCUCCUGGGCUGCCAGGAAUAGGUGUUCAGGGACCACCAGGACCACCAGGGAUUCCUGGGCCAAUAGGUCAACCUGGUUUACAUGGAAUACCAGGAGAGAAGGGGGAUCCAGGACCUCCUGGACUUGAUGUUCCAGGACCCCCAGGUGAAAGAGGCAGUCCAGGGAUCCCUGGAGCACCUGGUUCUAUAGGACCUCCAGGAUCACCAGGGCUUCCAGGAAAAGCAGGUGCCUCUGGAUUUCCAGUCAAAGAAAGGCAAACAUUACUUAUUGAUAUUCUUCAAGGUACCAAAGGUGAAAUGGGUAUGAUGGGACCUCCAGGCCCACCAGGACCUUUGGGAAUUCCUGGCAGGAGUGGUGUACCUGGUCUUAAAGGUGAUGAUGGCUUGCAGGGUCAGCCAGGACUUCCUGGCCCUGCAGGAGAAAAAGGUAGUAAAGGAGAGCCUGGCCUUCCAGGCCCUCCUGGACCAAUGGAUCCAAAUCUUCUGGGCUCAAAAGGAGAGAAGGGGGAACCUGGCUUACCAGGUAUACCUGGAGUUUCAGGGCCAAAAGGUUAUCAGGGCUUGCCUGGAGACCCAGGGCAACCUGGACUGAGUGGACAACCUGGAUUACCAGGACCACCAGGUCCCAAAGGUAACCCUGGUCUCCCUGGACAGCCAGGUCUUAUAGGACCUCCUGGACUUAAAGGAACCAUCGGCGAUAUGGGUUUUCCAGGACCUCAGGGUGUGGAAGGGCCUCCUGGACCUCCUGGAGUUCCUGGACAGCCUGGCUCCCCAGGAUUACCUGGACAGAAAGGAGACAAAGGUGAUCCUGGUAUUUCAAGCAUUGGUCUUCCAGGUCUUCCUGGUCCAAAGGGUGAGCCUGGUCUGCCUGGAUACCCAGGGAACCCUGGUAUCAAAGGUUCUGUGGGAGAUCCUGGUUUGCCUGGAUUACCAGGAACCCCUGGAGCAAAAGGACAACCAGGCCUUCCUGGAUUCCCAGGAACCCCAGGCCCUCCUGGACCAAAAGGUAUUAGUGGCCCUCCUGGGAACCCUGGCCUUCCAGGAGAAACUGGUCCUGUAGGUGGUGGAGGUCGUCCUGGGCAACCAGGGCCUCCAGGCGAAAAAGGCAAACCCGGUCAAGAUGGUAUUCCUGGACCAGCUGGACAGAAGGGUGAACCAGGUCAACCAGGCUUUGGAAACCCAGGACCCCCUGGACUUCCAGGACUUUCUGGCCAAAAGGGUGAUGGAGGAUUACCUGGAAUUCCAGGAAAUCCUGGCCUUCCAGGUCCAAAGGGCGAACCAGGCUUUCAUGGUUUCCCUGGUGUGCAGGGUCCCCCAGGCCCUCCUGGUUCUCCGGGUCCAGCUCUGGAAGGACCUAAAGGCAACCCCGGGCCCCAAGGUCCUCCUGGGAGACCAGGUCCUACAGGUUUUCAAGGUCUACCAGGUCCAGAAGGUCCCCCAGGUCUCCCUGGAAAUGGAGGUAUUAAAGGAGAGAAGGGAAACCCAGGCCAACCUGGGCUACCUGGCUUGCCUGGUUUGAAAGGAGAUCAAGGACCACCAGGACUCCAGGGUAAUCCUGGUCGGCCGGGUCUCAAUGGAAUGAAAGGAGAUCCUGGUCUCCCUGGUGUUCCAGGAUUCCCAGGCAUGAAAGGACCCAGUGGAAUACCUGGAUCAGCUGGUCCUGAGGGGGAACCGGGACUUACUGGUCCUCCAGGUCCUCCUGGAUUACCUGGUCCUUCAGGACAGAGUAUCAUAAUCAAAGGAGAUGCUGGUCCUCCAGGAAUCCCUGGACAACCUGGGUUAAAAGGUCUACCAGGACCCCAAGGACCUCAAGGUUUACCAGGUCCAACUGGCCCUCCAGGAGAUCCUGGACGCAAUGGACUCCCUGGCUUUGAUGGUGCAGGAGGGCGCAAAGGAGACCCAGGUCUGCCAGGACAGCCAGGUACUCGUGGUUUGGAUGGUCCCCCCGGGCCAGAUGGAUUGCAAGGUCCCCCAGGUCCCCCUGGAACCUCCUCUAUUGCACAUGGAUUUCUUAUUACACGCCACAGCCAGACAACGGAUGCACCACAAUGCCCGCAGGGAACACUUCAGAUCUAUGAAGGCUUUUCUCUCCUGUAUGUACAAGGAAAUAAAAGAGCCCAUGGUCAAGACUUGGGGACGGCUGGCAGCUGCCUUCGUCGCUUUAGUACCAUGCCUUUCAUGUUCUGCAACAUCAAUAAUGUUUGCAACUUUGCUUCAAGAAAUGACUAUUCUUACUGGCUCUCUACCCCAGAGCCCAUGCCAGUGAGCAUGCAACCCCUAAAGGGCCAGAGCAUCCAGCCAUUCAUUAGUCGAUGUGCAGUAUGUGAAGCUCCAGCUGUGGUGAUCGCAGUUCACAGUCAGACGAUCCAGAUUCCCCGUUGUCCUCAGGGAUGGGAUUCUCUGUGGAUUGGUUAUUCCUUCAUGAUGCAUACAAGUGCAGGGGCAGAAGGCUCAGGUCAAGCCCUAGCCUCUCCUGGUUCCUGCUUGGAAGAGUUUCGUUCAGCUCCCUUCAUCGAAUGUCAUGGGAGGGGUACCUGUAACUACUAUGCCAACUCCUACAGCUUUUGGCUGGCAACUGUAGAUGUGUCAGACAUGUUCAGUAAACCUCAGUCAGAAACGCUGAAAGCAGGAGACUUGAGGACACGAAUUAGCCGAUGUCAAGUGUGCAUGAAGAGGACAUAACAUUUUGAAGAAUUCCUUGUGUGUUUUAAAGUGUGAUAUAUAUAUAUACAUAUAUAUAUAUAAAUAUAUGAAAUUCCUAGGAUGCAAUGUCUCAUUGUCCCCAACUUUACUACUGCUGCCGUCAAUGGUGCUACUACAUAUGACCAAGAUAACAUGCUGACUAGUAACCAUGAAGAUUCAGAUGUACCUCAGCAAUGCACCAGAGCAAGGUCUCUAUUAUUUUUCUACUAAAGAAAUAAGAAAGUGAAUUUACUUUUUGGGUCCAGAAUGAUUUUCUCCAAGAAUUAUAAGAUGAAAAUUAUAUAUUUUGCCCAGUUACUAAAAUGAUACAUUAAAAAUUCAGUUAAGAGAAGAGUUACACUGAGUAAAAUAAAAGACUGCAGUUUGUAGGAAGAAUUAUUUUUCAUGGUGCUACUAAUCCUGCUGUAUCCCAGGUUUUUAAUAUAAAGGUGUUAAGCCUAUUUUGCUUUGUAAGUAAAGGAUGUGUAUAUUGUGAACAGCCUUUUAGCUCAAAAUGUUGAGUCAUUUACAUAUGACAUAGCAUGAAUCACCUUUUACAGAAAAUGUAGGAAACCUUAGAAUACAGACAGCAAUAUUUUAUAUUCAUGUUUAUCGAAGUGAGAGAAUUUAUAUUCCUACAUCAAGUUACUACUGAGAGUAAAUUUAUUUUGAGUUUUAUCCCCUAAGUUCUGUUUUGAUUUUUUUAAAAAACAAACCCUUUUAGUCACUUUAAUCAGAAUUUUAAAUGUUCAUGUUACAUACCAAAUUAUAAUAUCUAAUGGAGGAAUUUGUCUUUUGCUAUAUUCUCCAAGAUUAUCUCUUAAGACCAUAUGCCCCCUGUUUUAAUGUUUCUUACAUCUUGUUUUUACUCAUUUCUGACUGGACAAAGUUCUUCCAAACAAUUCUGAGAAACAAAGCACACACAUAGAAUUAACAAUUCUCUUCCCUGUGCUGCUUAUGUAAGAAUCUUCCUGUGGUCUCUGCUUGUACAAAACUGGGAAACAACACUUGGUUAGUCUCUUUUAAGUUACAAAAAGCCAAUUGAUGUUUCUUAUUCUUUUUAAAUUUUAAAUACUUUAUUAUAAAUAUUCACAGGAUACCUUAUUUCCCUAGCUGUCGUCUUCUCACUUAAUGUUUUUUAAAUCCACCAAUAUAAAUUUAAUUAAAGAUAUAUGUUGUAAGGAU